UUGAAACGGUCCUGCAUAAAAGCAGCCAAGGCUCUUAACCUCUGGGCCAUUAGCUCCCCAAAACCAGUGUUUUGAGAGGGAGUCAGGGGAGAACGUAGGUGUCUCAAAAAAUACCUACUCUUUCUAGAAAGCCAUUUAGACAUAGACUUUCAUCUCUCCAGCUUGGAGAGGUGAGGGAAGAGCCCACACUGUCAUUUUAGCUGUUGCUGGUGCCCCUGUCAUGUCCCAAGGUUCCCUAAUCACUGUGUGCUCUUCGGAGCUGGAGCGGUGCUCUGACUGUGUUCCUGACAAGAAGCCUAAGGGUUUCACCAGUGUGUGCAAGAGAAGUGGACGUGAUGGGGCUUUUCAGGGGCGAGAGUAUGACUAUGAGAUAGAUUGAUGGAGCCGGCGGGCCCUCUGUCCCUGUCCACAAAUUCCCAGGCUCCGUAAAGUGCCAUUUCUGCAUUGGUCCUUGGCCCAGCUUUUUGGAGCAGGGUCUUGGAGGUAGAGGAGAAGAGGAGCGCGAUGCCAGAACGUGGUGAUGGGACGGAGAGGAAGGACAGCUUUGCGCAGGACUUAGUACCAUCCGGAGAAGGCGGAGCCAUCCGGUUCUGGGUGGUUGCUAGGUGACCUAGGGCUGGUAGCUCCACCCCCAUGGAGCUGAGGAGGGUGGGUGCAUGACGUCAGGUGGAGCCGCUGCUGCUGCUGCUGCGGCCACUGAGACAGCCAUCAGCUUAAGCUGACGACCCGGGCCAGGCAAGGCUCCGGAGCCUGCUGGAGCUCACAGUCACCCGCUGGCCUGCUGUGCACCUGCCACGGCCUGUGUCGCCGCAGCCGUCUUUGCCUGCCCGGAAGCUAACGCUGCAUUGUUGGGAUUUGAUGCACUAAUCUCCUGUCUCCGCCGCCUUUCCCUCCCUCCCUUCGUCUGUCUUUCCUCCCUGUGUUUGUCUGCCCUCCUCUGUCCCUCCCUCUCUUUCCUCUCCUUGCUUUCUGUGGUUUUCUGCAAUGAUGAGACAGGCACCGACAGCCCGAAAGACCACAACUCGACGGCCCAAGCCUACUCGCCCAGCCAGCACUGGGGUGGCUGGGCCCAGUAGCUCCCUUGGCCCCUCUGGCUCAGCGUCUGCCGGGGAACUGAGCAGCAGUGAGCCCAGCACACCAGCCCAGACUCCGCUGGCAGCACCCAUCAUCCCCACACCGGCCCUCACCUCUCCUGGAGCAGCGCCCCCACUUCCUUCUCCCUCUAAGGAAGAGGAAGGGCUGAGGGCCCAGGUACGGGACCUGGAGGAGAAACUGGAGACACUGCGCCUAAAACGCUCAGAAGACAAAGCAAAGCUGAAAGAGCUGGAGAAGCAUAAGAUCCAGCUGGAGCAGGUGCAGGAAUGGAAGAGCAAAAUGCAGGAGCAGCAGGCAGACCUGCAGCGGCGCCUCAAGGAGGCUCGGAAGGAAGCCAAGGAGGCGCUAGAGGCAAAGGAGCGCUACAUGGAGGAGAUGGCCGACACGGCCGACGCUAUAGAGAUGGCCACUCUGGACAAGGAGAUGGCCGAAGAGCGCGCUGAGUCUCUACAGCAAGAGGUGGAGGCACUGAAGGAACGGGUGGACGAGCUCACCACGGACCUGGAGAUUCUCAAGGCUGAAAUCGAAGAGAAAGGCUCUGAUGGGGCGGCAUCAAGCUACCAGCUCAAGCAGCUAGAGGAGCAGAAUGCCCGCCUGAAGGACGCCCUGGUGAGGAUGCGAGACCUCUCUUCCUCAGAGAAGCAGGAACAUGUGAAGCUUCAGAAACUCAUGGAAAAGAAGAACCAGGAGCUGGAGGUUGUGAGGCAGCAGCGUGAGCGUCUUCAGGAGGAGCUGAGUCAGGCCGAGAGCACCAUAGAUGAGCUCAAAGAGCAGGUGGACGCCGCUCUGGGAGCUGAGGAGAUGGUGGAGAUGCUCACUGUCCGGAACCUGAAUCUAGAGGAGAAAGUGCGGGAAUUACGGGAGACUGUGGGCGACUUGGAAGCCAUGAACGAGAUGAAUGAUGAGCUGCAGGAGAACGCACGCGAGACGGAGCUGGAGCUCCGAGAGCAGCUGGACAUGGCGGGUGCCCGAGUGAGGGAGGCACAGAAGCGAGUGGAAGCCGCCCAGGAGACGGUCGCAGACUACCAGCAGACCAUCAAGAAGUACCGCCAGUUGACUGCCCACCUACAGGAUGUCAAUCGGGAGCUGACAAACCAGCAGGAAGCGUCUGUGGAAAGGCAGCAGCAGCCGCCGCCAGAAACUUUUGAUUUCAAAAUCAAGUUUGCUGAGACCAAGGCUCAUGCCAAGGCCAUUGAGAUGGAGUUGAGACAGAUGGAGGUUGCCCAGGCCAACCGGCACAUGUCCCUGCUGACAGCCUUUAUGCCUGACAGCUUCCUUCGGCCAGGUGGAGACCACGACUGUGUCCUGGUGCUGCUGCUCAUGCCCCGACUCAUUUGCAAGGCAGAGCUCAUCCGGAAGCAGGCCCAGGAGAAGUUUGACCUGAGUGAGAACUGUUCAGAGCGGCCCGGGCUGCGAGGAGCUGCCGGGGAGCAGCUGAGCUUUGCUGCUGGGCUGGUGUACUCGCUGAGUCUGCUGCAGGCCACGCUGCGCCGCUAUGAGCAUGCCCUCUCUCAGUGCAAUGUGGACGUGUACAAGAAGGUCGGCAGCCUGUACCCCGAGAUGAGCGCCCACGAGCGUUCCUUAGAUUUCCUCAUUGAGCUGCUGCACAAGGAUCAGCUGGAUGAGACUGUCAACGUGGAGCCCCUCACCAAGGCCAUCAAGUACUACCAGCAUCUGUACAGCAUCCACCUCGCUGAACAACCCGAGGACUCCACCAUGCAGCUGGCUGACCACAUCAAGUUCACCCAGAGUGCCCUGGAUUGCAUGAGCGUGGAGGUGGGCCGGCUGCGUGCCUUCUUACAGGGUGGGCAGGAGGCAACAGAUAUUACCCUUCUUCUCCGAGACCUGGAAACAUCAUGCAGUGACAUCCGUCAGUUCUGCAAGAAGAUCCGAAGGCGGAUGCCGGGGACGGAUGCUCCUGGGAUCCCAGCAGCGCUGGCCUUUGGCUCACAGGUAUCCGACACACUCCUCGACUGCAGGAAGCACCUGACAUGGGUGGUAGCUGUUCUGCAGGAGGUGGCAGCUGCAGCCGCCCAGCUUAUCGCCCCCUUGGCAGAGAAUGAGGGAUUGCCCGUGGCUGCACUGGAGGAGCUGGCCUUCAAAGCAAGCGAGCAGAUCUACGGGAGCCCCUCCAGCAGCCCCUAUGAGUGUCUACGCCAGUCAUGCACCAUCCUCAUCAGCACGAUGAACAAGCUGGCCACAGCCAUGCAAGAAGGCGAGUAUGACGCAGAGCGACCCCCGAGCAAGCCUCCUCCGGUUGAACUUCGGGCUGCAGCCCUGCGUGCAGAGAUCACUGAUGCUGAAGGUCUCGGUUUGAAGCUUGAGGAUCGAGAGACAGUUAUCAAGGAGUUAAAGAAGUCACUCAAGAUUAAGGGAGAGGAGCUGAGUGAGGCCAACGUGCGGCUGAGCCUCCUGGAGAAGAAGCUGGACAGCGCUGCCAAGGAUGCGGACGAGCGAAUCGAGAAGGUUCAGACGCGGCUGGAGGAGACUCAGAGCCUGCUGAGGAAGAAGGAAAAAGACUUUGAGGAGACAAUGGAUGCGCUCCAGGCUGACAUCGAUCAGCUGGAGGCAGAGAAGGCAGAGCUCAAGCAGCGCCUGAACAGCCAAUCCAAGCGCACAGUUGAGGGACUCCGGGGCCCCCCUCCGUCAGGCAUCGCUACCCUGGUCUCUGGCAUCGCUGGUGGGGGCGCUCCUGGGCAGGCUCCGGGCGCCUUGCCAGGCCCAGGGCUGGUGAAGGACUCCCCACUGCUGCUUCAGCAGAUCUCUGCUAUGAGGCUACACAUCUCUCAGCUCCAGCAUGAGAACAGCAUCCUCAGAGGAGCCCAGAUGAAGGCGUCCUUGGCGGCUCUGCCCCCUCUGCAUGUUGCAAAGCUUUCCCUCCCACCCCAUGAGGGCCCCAGUGGUAACCUAGUGACUGGGGCACUGUACCGCAAGACCAGCCAGCUCCUGGAGAAACUAAACCAGCUGAGCACCCACACCCACGUGGUGGAUAUCACUAGGAGCAGCCCAGCUGCCAAGAGCCCAUCAGCUCAGCUUAUGGAACAAGUGGCUCAGCUCAAGACCCUGAGUGACACCAUUGAGAAGCUCAAGGAUGAGGUUCUCAAGGAGACAGUGACUCAGCGCCCUGGAGCCACCGUGCCCACUGACUUUGCCACCUUCCCUUCAUCUGCCUUCCUCAGGGCCAAGGAAGAGCAGCAAGAUGACACAGUCUACAUGGGCAAAGUGACCUUUUCAUGCGCGGCAGGCCUAGGACAGCGACACCGCCUGGUGCUGACCCAGGAGCAGCUGCACCAGCUUCACAGUCGCCUCAUCUCCUAAGCACUCCUUCCCUGCCUUCCCUGUGGUACCUACGGUCCCCCUGGUACCACUGCCCAGUGCACAGCCACCUCAGCCACUCCCGGGCUGAACCGCAUGCUAACCUGAGUGGUUCAGCUGCGCCUGGACUGGUCAGGGUCCUGCUGCUUCCGUAACCUGGGUUUGCCUGUCCACCCCUGGCCUCUUCCAUAUUUGCUGUUAUCUGCUCCCUCUUUCCUGAGGGGCCUCAGGGCAUUGGAGGGGGCCGACACCCCUCCACUAAAGAUUGAGUGAGGUCUCCCCGACUGAGGACCUCACCCCUUGAUUAAAGCAACUUGUGCUUCA